AUGGACAGGGUAAUGAGAAUGUCGUCAGAGAAAGGAGUGGUGAUCUUCACCAAGAGCUCAUGUUGUCUCUGCUACGCCGUUCAGAUCUUGUUCCGUGACCUUAGGGUUCAACCAACCAUCCACGAGAUCGAAAACGACCCGGACUGCCGUGAGAUCGAGAAGGCUCUUCUUCGUCUCGGCUGCUCCACGGCGGUUCCAGCUGUCUUCAUCGGAGGCAAGCUCGUCGGUUCCACCAAUGAAGUCAUGUCACUUCACCUUAGUGGCUCUCUCGUCCCCUUGAUCAAACCCUAUCAGUCCCUCCUUUACUAA